AUGGCGACGACCAAAGAUACGAUGAAGGCGGUGGUAUUCAAGGGCAAGUUGCACGUCGAAGUGGAGGAAAGGCCUAUACCCAAAAUCCAGGAUCCCAAGGACAUCGUUGUCAAGGUCCGAUAUACGGCGCUAUGUGGAAGUGAACUUCACGUCUUCCGUGGUCAUCAGCCAUCCGAUACUGGCUUCAUCAUGGGCCACGAAUUCACCGGCGAGGUCGUAGAGACCGGGUCCGAGGUCAAGUCGUUCAAAAAGGGAGACAAGAUAGUCACCCCGUUCACCACCAGCUGUGGGGAAUGCUUCUACUGCAAAGGGGGCUUUUCGUCUCGCUGCACCCAGUGCAAGUUGUUCGGCUGCCCUUUACUCGACGGCGGCCAGGCCGAGUAUUGCCGGAUCCCACUGGCGGACAGCACCGUGGUGAAAGCACCUCCCAACAUUGCAGAAGACAAGCUCGUGUUGAUGGCCGACAUUUUCCCCACGGGCUAUUUCGCGGCGGCCAACGCUUUCCGCGGGUUCGACGAGGCGACGAUACGCCAGAGCGUGGUUCUCCUUAUAGGCUGUGGGCCCGUCGGGUUGUGUGGCCUGGUGAGUGCACUGGAGUACAAGCCGCGAGCGCUGCUGGCUGUCGAUGGAGUGGAAUCCAGACUGGAAAUCGCGAAGAAACUCGGUGCCGAACCAUGGAACUACCAAACCAACAUGGAAGGGUUGAAGAAGAGAGUGCUGGAACUCACCGACGGGCGUGGCGCGGACACGGCCAUUGAAAUUGUCGGACACAGCGAUGCGCUGAAGAUGGCCUUUGACCUCUUGAGACCGUGGGGGAACAUUUCGAGUGUGGGCGUCCAUAACGCGGAAAUCCCUUGGACUGGCAACCAAGCUUAUGGAAAGAACCUGAGGAUACAGAUGGGACGGUGCCCAGUUCGAAGCCUCUUUGAACCAGCCCUGGAACUCCUUGGGAAAGUGCAGGACAAACUCGACUUCAUGACGGAGUGCGUGCAGCCAUUGUCAGAAGCAGUCAAGUAUUACGACCAAUUCAACCGAAUGUUGGUUCAAAAGGUCGUUUUCGAGGCAGACAAAUAGGCACCUACAGUAUACGGUAUCCCCGGUCCGACUGGCAAUGGCAGUUUCCCUGUGCCUUUCGAUUCUGACCGAGAGA